AUGGAGCUGCAGGCAGAAGGGAGAGGCGCUGCAGGAGUGGGGAGAGGCAAGCCGCUGCACGCUGACAGGAGAGGCGAGGGGGCCGCUCCCGAGCCGCCCCAGGAGCAGGAGGAGGCCGGCGCGCUCGCCCCGGGGCGCCCCCUCCUGGCCCGAGCCCCGCACCCCGGCUGGCCAGGGCCCAACCCGCCGGCUACGCCGGUGCCCCGCGCGCGAGGGCGGGACAGUGAGCGCCACUUACCAGGUCGUCCCGGUCCCCGCGCCCGGCGGUGGCAGCGCAGUCAAGUUCACGUCCGGCCCGCGGACUGUCCGAGGUCCGGGGGCGGCCGGGCCGGGCCGGGCCACGAGGGGUCGCACCCCGGGGGUCACCGCCGCGCCCGGCCCCAGUCGGCUGGGGGGCGCCGCUGCGGUCACCCCGGCCUGGCGACCCCAACUUUCUGCACAGUCGCGGCGCUGGAAGUUUCCGGGCUUCGCGGGCGCUGGGCUGGGUCCCAGCGGCGACGUCUGAGCUGGCAACAAAGAGGCGAUGUCUCCGGUGAGCCCCCGCCCGCCGUGGGUCCAGACCUCCGCACGUGGUGCGUGGAAGAGGCUGCAGCCCCGGGGGUCCUGGCAGGGCUGCUCCUCCACCCAGGGGCCCCUGGAACCUGGCGUGAGGACCUAGAGAUGGAGGCGGGCGGCCGGGCCCAGGGCUGGCAGGAGAGGCGCAUGGAGCUGGGGUUCGAAGCCUCGGAUGCCGGUCCGGGCAGCUCACCCGCAGAGGCCCGCAUCCCUGGUGCCCACGCGGGCCUCGCCUGGGGGACAGUGCCCUGGCCAGUGGGUGCUCUCCCGCAGGGGGUGGGACGAGGGUGCUGACCGUGUCUCCACAGGAGAAAGCUUGGGCGUCAGCUCACCUUUCUCUCAAGACCAGGACCGGGCGGCCACGCCUGCCCCAGCAGGGCCACUGCAGCUCCCAGACUCUGGGUGCCGGGGGUGACACUGCAUGAGCACGUGUGAGAAGUGUCCCCCCUUGCAGAGGGAAGCCCGUGAGGGGGACCCGGCCCUUGCCCAGGAAGGGAGGCCUGUCUGCUCGCCCCCAAGGUGUCCUCCCCAGGCUUCCACUCCCGAGCUGCCUUCGCCGCUUUAUUUCCUGGACGGGAGGGCGCCCGGGGGCCACACCCCUUCCAGAAGCUCGCAGCCCUGCGCUUCUGGCUCCCCCGUGGUCACCGGUGUCCCUGCUGUCUCCGUCUCAACAUGUCUAGCCCUUCCCCAACGAGGGGGCCUGCUUUUUUGUUUUGCCCCAGGCCCUGAAAAUUGUGUAGCUGAAACUUACUUCGGCCAUUGCUUAACCGGAUUGGAAAGUUUAAAAAAAAUGAUUUAUGCAUAUAUUGUUUACUAGAUUCUGCUCACAGAAAUAAUUCCAGAGUCCAUGUAAACAAGAUAAAAAUGUUUU